AUGGCUGGAGAUUGGGCGAAUCCCUGUUCCAGUUCACUGGCAGAUGAUUUCCUCACUUACGAUUACUCCUCUCUUAAUCAGCUUCCACCCUGCUCUCUCUGCCUUACAGGAAUUCUUCACGUUUUCAGCAAUGGGGAUGGCACAUCCCCUGAUUUCCAGCACAGGCACAUACCCCUUUUCCCCCGAUUUCAACGAUGUUUUCAGUGGUUUCAAUUGAAAGAUGUGGACAAGGAGUUCUAUUUAUUUCCCACAGUAUUUGAUGAGAAUGAGAGUUUACUCCUGGAUGACAAUAUUAGAAUGUUUACAACUGCACCUGAUCAGGUGGAUAAGGAAGAUGAGGAUUUUCAGGAAUCUAAUAAGAUGCACUCCAUGAACGGAUUCAUGUAUGGGAAUCAGCCUGGUCUCAAUAUGUGCCAAGGAGAUUCAGUCGUGUGGUACUUAUUCAGUGCUGGAAAUGAAGCUGAUGUGCACGGGAUAUACUUUUCUGGAAACACGUAUCUGUCAAGAGGAGAAAGGAGAGACACGGCAAACCUCUUCCCUCACACAAGCCUCACCCUCCACAUGAGGCCUGACACAGAAGGGACUUUUGAUGUUGAGUGCCUCACAACCGAUCACUACACAGGGGGCAUGAAGCAAAAAUACACUGUGAGACAAUGCAGGCAGCUGUCUGAGGAGUCCACCUUCUACCUGGGAAAGAGGACCUACUAUAUUGCAGCGGUGGAGGUGGAAUGGGAUUACUCCCCAAGCAGGGAAUGGGAAAAGGAGCUGCAUCAUUUCCAAGAGCAAAAUGUUUCAAAUGCAUUUUUAGAUAAGGAAGAGUUUUACAUUGGCUCAAAGUACAAGAAAGUUGUGUACCGGCAGUACACUGACAGCACAUUCAGAGUUCCAGUGGAGAGAGAAGCUGAAGAAGAACAUCUGGGAAUUCUAGGUCCACUACUUCAUGCAGAUGUUGGAGACGAAGUUAAAAUUAUCUUUAAAAACAUGGCCACUAGGCCUUACUCAAUACAUGCCCAUGGGGUGAAAACAGAGAGUUCUACAGUUACUCCGACAUUACCAGGUGAAACUCGCACUUACAUAUGGAAAAUCCCAGAAAGAUCUGGAGCUGGAACAGAGGAUUUGGCUUGUAUUCCAUGGGCUUACUAUUCAAAUGUGGAUCAAGUUAAGGAUCUCUUCAGUGGAUUAAUUGGCCCACUAAUUGUUUGUCGGAGACAUUAUGUGAAAGUAUACAAUCCCAUAAAGAAGAAGGAAUUCGUCCUUCUGUUUCUAGUUUUUGACGAGAAUGAAUCUUGGUACUUAGAUGACAACAUCAAAACAUAUUCUGAUCACCCUGAGAAAGUAAACAAAGACAAUGAUGAAUUCAUAGAAAGCAAUAAAAUGCAUGCUAUUAAUGGAAGAAUGUUUGGAAACCUACAAGGCCUCACAAUGCAUGUGGGCGAUGAAGUCAACUGGUAUCUGCUGGGAAUGGGCAAUGAAAUAGACUUGCACACUGUACAUUUCCACGGCCACAGCUUCCGGUACAAGCACAGGGGAAUUUAUAGUUCCGAUGUCUUUGACAUUUUCCCUGGGACAUACCAAGCCCUAGAAAUGUUUCCAAGAACACCUGGAAUCUGGUUACUCCACUGCCAUGUGACCGACCACAUUCACGCUGGAAUGGAAACGACUUACACAGUUCUACCAAGUAAAGAGACCAAGUCUGACUGAAAAAAAUAAAUUGGUGAUAAUGGAAAAAAAAGAAAGAACAAUUCACAACAACGCAUGUGAAAAAGUACUGAAUAGAAUGUUUACUUUGAAAUGACUAUAUUUUUAAAAAGACUGAAAACAUAUAAUUUUGUGCAUUUGUAUUAACCGUGUUACCUUAUUGCAGAUGGAAAAACGAACAGACUGUAUUAUGAUAUAUGACUGACACUUGUACACUGGGUAAUAGAAUCGAUUCAUACAUGCCACUCCUACCACUACUAUUAGGGCUUUACAAAACUACAUAAAAAAAAAAAAUCUAUAAUCAGACAUUCUUCUGGGUGGUCUUCAAAGGAUCACUAUUAAGCUUCAUUGAAAUGCUUCCAACCAUUGCCCUCCCAUCAAUCCCUCUAAAAUGCUGCUGACUUUCUUAAUGAACUGGUGGGCAGGGGGCAUAAGGUGUGGAGAAAAAAUAAAUGAAUAAAUAAAAUGUAUUAGUCCA